AUGGAGGAAAAAAUAAUGCUAGAUGAUGUGUCUAGUUCUUUAAGAGAGAGGGUGUUUUUCGCAGCAAGAGAUGGAAUGUCGUUAACUUUAUAUGCAUUGUUAUACGAAAAAAAUACUGACGAAAUCGAUGAUUUGCUAAAUAGUGAUGUGUGCAGCGAUGGUGUAAAAUGUACUCCUCUAAUAGCAGCUGCACGUCAUGGUAGGGAGGCAGCAGUCAGAAUACUUCUUGAAAAGUUCAGGCCUCCAGUUAGAUUAGAGACAGAAGGCACAGUCAAGUUUGAUGAGUAUGUUAUUGAAGGCGCAACAGCACUGUGGUGUGCAGCUGGAGCGGGACAUUUAGGCAUAGUCAAGAGACUAGUACGCGCAAAGGCGAAUGUAAACCAUGCUACAAAGACAUUAAGCACACCUCUAAGAGCGGCCUGCUUUGAUGGUCGCUUGGACAUAGUGAAAUACCUCGUACGUCAUGGAGCCGAUGUUCAUAAAGCCAACAAAUACAAUAACACGUGUUUGAUGAUCGCCUCUUAUAAAGGACAUUUGGAUGUGGUACAGUUCCUGUUGGAUAGCGGGGCCCGUGUGGACGAGCGCGCACUGUGCGGCGCGACGGCGCUGCACUUCGCGGCCGAGUGCGGGCACGCGGCCGUCGUGUGCGCGCUCAUCGACCACAACGCUAAGAUACUCACCAACGAGAAUGGUAUGACGCCACUACAAUGCGCAGCAGAGAGAGCUCGUGCAUCGGUGGUGGAAAUCCUAGCGGCUAGGCCGGAGGUGACUCGUGCUCAGGCAGUUGAGGCCUAUGAACUGCUGGGAGCGUCCUUCGCCAACGACAAGGAAUAUUACUGUCUUAGGAUGGCCUAUCAGUACCUACACAGAGCAAUGACGAUGCGUUACGACACCCGUUAUGGAGUGUUAUUAAAGAAACCGGCUGAUCCAAUUCCUGCUUAUGAUAAUUGGAGGGAGAGCACAACGAUAGAGGAGGUGGAGCGGCUGCACGGCAACGCUCACGCGCUACACAUGGAGGGGCUGGCGGUGCGCGAGCGCGUGCUGGGGCGCGCCUGCCCCGACCUGCCGCACCCCGUCGUGUUCCGCGGCGCCGUGUUCGCGGACGAGGCGCGCUUCGACCGCUGCCUCGCGCUGUGGAGGCACGCGCUGCAGCUGCGCCACCACAACAAGGUUUCUGUUGUAAAGGAUCUGCUCAGAUUCGCCCAGGUCUUUUCCCAGAUGAUACACAUUGGUAUUGAAUUGCCUUUAUCUCAGGUUUGCUUUGUAUUGGAAGCGUGUGCAGAAGAACUCAAAAGAGGACAGAUGAGAAUUGAAAAGCCACAGAUUAACCACGACCCAGAGGCGUUAAUAGAGGAGUACGAGAGCAACGUGCGCACCGCGCUCUACCUGGUGGCAGUGGCAGCGCGCCUGCUCGACGCCGCGCCUGCCACGCCUGCCACGCCCGACUCGCCCGCCGCGCCUGCCACCGAAGCAGGCGAGGAGACGACGAGUGCAGUGCGAAGGGCAGUGUUUAGGUUGAGACACGUCAGGCUUCGCACAGGACAGACGCUGCUGCACUUGGCCGCCGACAGGAGGACCCCCGUCGACGACUUCCACACCAGCGACGUCUGCCAAUUUCCUUGUAUGAGGACGACGCGACUUCUGCUGGAGUGCGGUCUAGAAGUAGAUGCGGCUGACGACAUGAGGCGGACGGCUUUGCACGUGGCGCUUAUAUCAUUCCAGCUUGUACCAGAGGAGCGCGAGCAGUGGAGCGAGGCGCUGUGCGGCGUGGUGUGCGAGCUGCUGGCGCGCGGCGCGCACGUGGACGCCGUGGACGCGGACGGCAUCACGCCGCUGCUCGCCUCCAUCGCCGGUCCAGCUGAAAGUUUAGUCCGUUCCGCAUUGAACCCCCGUCUAUCCUGCCUGGCAGCUACCACUUUGGCUUUACACGGGGCGAAGUACCGGCCGUCGCAGGUUCCCAGAGACUUGCACGCGUUUUUGACUAUGCACGGAGUCACUGCCAUGCAUUGA